CAAAGAAUUUUAAACUAAAUUACUCAAAUAACAUUUAAAACAAAAUACAUGAAUAAUAUUAAAAGAGAAGAUAAUCUCAUACAUGACACGGACUAAAAUACUAGUAUAAAGAAAUUCAAUCAAUUUGAACGAAAAUAUUUCAAUUAAAAACAAAAAUUGAAUGAAUUUUUUUUUGUUCUUACCAAUUUAAGCUUGUUUGAGUGGUUCCUUUUGCCCUAUCCUCUCAUAGAAAAAAAAAAAAGAAAAACUAACCUCAAAAAACUAAAAAGUGAAAAACAAGAGAGAAGAAGAAACUGCACACAUUUUGACCAUUUCUUUCUUUCUUUGUGGCAAUUCAACAAACACCACAUCUCCAUCAUCGUCCAUGGAAGCUCUUACCACACUUCACCACCGUCACCAACCUCUUUGUUCUUCUCUUCACCCUUCUUCUCUCACAUCAACCACCGCUUCUUCUCUCUUUCUCUCAAACCCUUCACCUUCUUCACCAUCUCCAUCAUCUUCCAUUAGAGCUUUAUCUUCACCAUCACCCCCUUCUUCUGAAUCUCUUCAAAAUCUUCAAUACCCAGAACUCAAAACCCCUCAAUUUUUCAACCCUCUUGUUAAAGUUCCAAACUUUGACCCUCCUCUUCAAGACCCAGAACCUAAAUCUCCUCAAUUUUCAAACCCUAUUCGUAAAUUUCCCUCUUUUUUCACUGGUACUGUAGCUGCAUCAGCUUUUCUCUUUCUGGGUUGUUGUCAAAAUGGGUUUAACAAACCAGUUAUGUCACUUUCAUCAGUUGUUUCUAUUGAAGAAACAUUGGAUGAUGAUAAAAAUGAUUCUGUUGAAGAAUUUUUGGGAAGUAAACCUGAUCAUGUUGAAUCUGUUUUGCAUUUGAAGAUGAAAGAGAAAGUUCAUGUUGUGCACAGUUUCAACAAGACCAAAACCAAUGAUGAUGAAGCUUGGCUUGUGUUGAGAGCAGAGAUUUUUAGCUGCAGUAAGAAUUUGGAGUUGAUUAAAGUUGGAUUUGAAAAUAUAUUAGAGAAAGACAUGGAUUGUAACAAGGUUAAUCAGGAUCGUGUUCUCGAGUAUCUUGAAAUUGUUGAUGACUGCAACAGCUAUUUGAAGAGUAUUAAGGUGGCAAUGGAUAGGUGUGAAAGGGUAGAUGCUGAUAUAAGAUUCUUUUGCAAGGUUGUUGAUCAUAUUAGGGUCUUGGAGGGAGACAUGGUUGGUGCUUUGAAACAAUUUAAGCAGAACAAGAGUGAGUAACAUGGAAUUUGAUUUGACGGUAGUUUUGAUUCAGUUUCAACUAUUGCUUAUAUUACUUUUAGAUGAUAUGUUAAUUUUAAGAUAGUGACUUAUUAAGAUGUGAAGCUUUACUGAGAAGGCAUAGACACAUAUAUAGAAUUAGGUAUUAGGUAUUGGAAAUUUAAUUAUGAGUAACAUGGCAUCUUUGUCGUUGUAUUGUAUGAUAUGCACUAUGUACUAUUUCAUGUCCUUGGAGCUUGCGUAUUGGUAUGAGAUGUUAACUUAUGCAUAAAUUUUUCACAUUGAGUUUUCCCGAA